AAUGUCGUAAGUAAAUGAUUCGGGAUGCAAAAUAUAAUUAUUCAAAAAUGUUAUACAAAACCCUAUUGUAACUGGACAUAAGAAACAGCUAAAUUAUUGCAAUAAUGAAGCAACGUUUUAAAUUAAUAUUUCUGUUAGAAUGGUGUGAAUAUUACCAAUUGAACAGAACAACACAUAUACAAUAAAUUAACGUAAUUACUUGCCCGACAUAACCACAAAAUAAUGUUGUAUUGUUAAGUUCAUAAUUUUCAUUCCCAAGAGAUCUUAUAAAAAUACAUAAUUAUCGUUAUGACUUGUUUAACCAAGUUAGUCAACUGUAGAUAGUGGUCUUCUGAAAUAGGAAAUAUGGUGGAUGUUCGAGUGCCUAGGUGGUGGAUGGGGGGUGUGGCCUCUGCUGCAGCUGCUUGUUUCACACAGUUCCUGGACACAAUAAAGAUACAUCAACAAACUCAGCAAGAUGUACACCUGUCAAUAGUCCGCCUAACAAUGAAUGUCAUAAAACACGAUGGAUUUUUAAGCCUCAACCAUGGUCUUACUGCAGCUGUGUUACGCCAGCUCACAUAUUCGACUACGAGGUUUGCAGUCUAUGAGACUGCUAAAGAAUACAUUGCCAAACCAGGUGAGGAAGUAGCUUUUUAUGAGAAAAUUGGAAUAGCAGCUGCUGGAGGAAUAAUCGGCGGAUUCAUUGGGACUCCAGCCGAUCUCAUAAAUGUUCGUAUGCAGAACGAUAUAAAGCUGCCAGUUGCUAAGAGGAGGAAUUAUCGUCAUGCAUUUGACGGGAUAUUCCGGGUGUAUAAGGAAGAAGGAUUCCGGCAUUUAUUUUCUGGUGCAUCCACCGCUACUGGAAGAUCAGUGCUGAUGACUAUUGGACAGCUGUCCUUUUAUGACCAGUUCAAAACAGUGUUACUGAAUAGGAAUUAUGCAGACAACCUGACAACGCAUUUCCUCGCCAGCCUUGCCGCCGGUUGGGUAGCAACAACACUGACUCAACCAAUUGAUGUUAUCAAAACGAGGACGAUGAAUGCCAGACCUGGAGAAUUCAAGAAUAUGUGGCAUAUAAUUACAUACACAGCAAAACUGGGCCCUGCUGGAUUUUUCAAGGGGUACAUACUACGGUUCACUCGUCUUGCACCACACACAGUACUAACAUUUGUGUUCUAUGAGCAGCUUCGCCUCAGCUUUGGCAUUGUAAGACAAUCUUGAUUAGAUAUAUAUGCUUAAUUAUUGUCAUUAGAUUUUUGCUGCUGGUGUUUAAUGUAAAACUUCAGCUUUCAGGGAUAAGCCACAUCAAAUGUUGCUUUUUUUCUAUUUGAGUAAACAAUGCAAGUCAUUUUCAGGGGUAAAAGCUAAGUUAUAUGCUUCAUGAAAUUCAACCAUUCAUAAUCCACAUACAUUUUGAUGCUCCACUAGGCUCAGUAUAUUUUUAAUUUUAAAAUUAUCAGACAGGAACUUGAUUUCUCAAAUGUAGCACAAAAUCUGAGAAAGGGCUUCUUUUAUGAGGGAAUUUCAUAUUUCAUCUGGAAUUUUGAUCACUGCAUUGUACAUGAAUCAUCUAUUUUAUAUAAAGCUGUCUUAUCCUAAGAAAUUAUGUUCAGAAAUGACACAUUCACAUCGAGGUUUAUGAGAAACAGUGACAAUUCCGGGUCAAAUUUGAACUCUGUUUAAGUUUAUUUAUAGUCUUAUUUAAAUCAUGAAAGUAAGAUAAAUACAGUAUUUUAAACUUUAAGAUUAUCAUACUGAGAUUGAUGAAGACCUAAAAGGGUUAGAUAUUUGGUGCUGAAAUAUUACUCUCUGUGCUUUAAGUGGCACCUUGUUAUCAUUGCUCACUUAAUCUAAGUCAUCUAGAAGGCUGACUGUCUAAACAGAAGUAGGUAGACAGGCCCUCAACAUUAUUGCUCAACUGUAUAUAAUUUUCUGUUAUUUAUUAGAGGUUAUUCAUCUAGUAUUCUGGUAUGUUUCUGCUGAUACACUCGCAGAAGCCGACCAACACAAUUUGUCUAAGUUCAUGUUAUUUAACUUAAGUUCUCUUGGCGUAUAAAAUGUAUGAGAUUUUAUCCUUUUCUGAAUUCCCUGAACUUCACAUAAAGUUGAAGAAAGGAAAUUACUUUGUACAGUAUACGGCAGGAAAAAUUGAUAUGUGUUGACCAAGAAUGUUUAACAAGCAGCAUCAAAAAUAUAUUUUGGUUAAGCAAAAAACAUAUAAAAGAUAUAAGUGUUGAUUGUUAUGCCUCAUUACUUGAAAAAUGAUCUUGAUUUGUAUAUUCUGAAAUUUAAUACGACUGAUACUGGAGUGAUGCCUUCUCUUAUUCUGUGUUCUCAAGAAUGGUACCACAUUAAAGAAGGUGCAUGUACAAAAUAUAUAUCUCAGGGUAGUCCACAUAUUUUUCAACCUUUGUUAACAUUUUCUCAGAUAUCAGAUGUUCAAAAUAAUGAUAAAAAUAACUGGUGGAUAUAACGAUCCUUCUCUGACUAUGACCAUCCGCUUGCUUAUACAAAAUUCCAUGAGUCCAAUGCUGUUUAGUGGUUAGAUACAUUCACAGAUGUAGGUACAAUGUAUGAGAAUUAGUUAAACAUUGAAUAGAUUAUUUAUAUGGCAUCAGUGUAUAUA